AGAGUUCUGUCGCGAGCGGUGAGAAUCCACUAUCGAUGAUCAGCGAGAUCAUGAAGAUCAACAUCACGGUCAGCUCCCUGGUGACCAUUCUUCUAGUUCUUGUUCGAUAGCGAUCGAUACAAGCGAUAAUGUUUCCUGAGUUCUUCAUUACCGCUAUCUCUGUAUGAGGCUGAAAUCGGUUUCCUGACUGAGUGACGAGAUAGACCGUAUUGAUGUGUACUGUCAGUGUUUACGAGUUUAACCAUCUUCGUCGUCUGUACGUACAUAUGCUUCGUCUAUUCGUUCAACGAGAACCUAAAUGAUCAUAUCAUCUCCAAACCCCUUCGCAGUUUAAGUGUUUGCUUGAUCUGAAUUUAUAAAUUCAAUUUUUUCAUCCUUCUUCCCGAAGAGCAUUGCUUAAUAAAGUACGCAAAGGAGAAAUCUUUUCGCGCAAAUAUCUUCAAGACAAUUAUUGGACGCUAAGAGUUAAAAAAGCAAGUCUUGUAACUAAAAAGGUAAACGAAGAAGUUCGUAAUCACAGAUUGGCAUUUCCACUUUGGUUGUAGUUGUGCGCAAAACAACAAUAAUUCAGCCUCAAUCGAGUAGAAGAGAAGUUGGUAUAGGUAUUCGUAGAAACAAGAAUCAUCAAAAAUCAAUCAAAAAUAAUAGACAAGUAGUUCGACUUCCGAAUAUCAAAAGAAUAAUAGAUAAAGAUCAUUUUCAACAACUAGUUUGUGAUUGUGUUUGUCCUUGUUUGCGGUCACAAAAAUGGUGCGUGCAAACUUGAUGAAAAAGGGUACGGCCACCGGCGCCGCUUUGAAGCCCUUCGAAGCGAUUGCUCAGGACUUCAAGAAAGCCCUGACGAUCUGGAAAAAAUGCCAGAAGCAGCGCGCUAAGCUCAACGAUAAUCCCAACAACCAGAUGGCGAAGAACUUGCUGGCAAACGAGCACGUUGGUUUGUGGAAUCUCCUCGCAGUUUUGGACGAUCUCGUUGUCAACUACAACAUGAAGAGAGACCCUGAGGUACAACUCUUGCUUAAGUUCUUUCUUCACUUGAUGAAUAUCUAGUUUUCAGCCUUUCUAUUUGAUCCUGCUGUUCCUUCUUGGGUAUUCGUUGUUCGUAUUAGAUGAAAAAGUUGCAAAUUUUCAUUUUGCUCCUUGCUUGAAUGGCCGAGUAAGCUGAUAUGGUAUUGGCUAGGAGGCGGAGCAGGAUGGAAAUGGAUGGCUAUACUAUGCAGGUGAGAGGAUUUGUAGCUAAGACUUGUAGGUAGUAGAGAUCUUUUACUACUUGUCAUAAACAUUCUUUCAUCAGGUUGAGGCAAACGCCGCCGCCUACAGUGAGAUGAUGCGUUCCAUGAUUGCUGAGAAGGACGACGAAGUCGUGCAGAACUGUAUCCUGGAGGCUGAGGCCCCGAUUCCAAAGCAGCAGAUUGCGUACAACAUCAUGAAGUACUUGGACUUGCUGAAGGAGAAGAAGACCAUGCAGCGACAGAUGACAGCGCUGGACGCCAUUGCCGCCAUCGAGGAUGAUCAUACCGACACGCACGCGGCCGCGAAGCAGGUCGAAUCGAUUGACGUUGAGGCCGAGAAGGAAGAGGCCGUCGCCGUUCCGCUUGACCACGAAACCAACGCCGCCAACGUGAAUGCCGCCACUAAUCAGUCGGACCGCACGUCGCAAGUCACCCAGCGUCUCUCCAUGGCGAUGCCGACCCACGACGGUCUUGGCGCUGCCUGGGAAGAUAGCGCGCAGCCGAUGGCCGAUCACGAAGACAAACCGACUCAGCGCGUCAUCUGGCAGGACUGUACUUUACUAGUGCUACUAGGUUCUACUUGAUGUUGCUCUAAUACUUUUUGGUAGUUGUACUUCUAGAGCAAGUUGUAGUAUUCUAUUUUCUGUAUGACUAGGUUAAUCUUGUUAUCAAUCACAAAAGUAAGACAUUUCAGACAUGGUCAUUAUAUGUACUAGCUUCUCAUUUUAUCUCCCGUCGUGCUCAUCAGGCAUCGUCAUCGAGCAUCCGAAACUGGAUAAGCUUGAGAAAGAGAUGUCUGAGAUGCUCCAGGCUAACCUGCGUACGUUGAUGGAAGCCAAGCAGGUGAAGGUUGUCUCCACCCGCGGAUUGACCUUGGUCGAAGUCGCGGACGCCGUUGAGAAAGUGACGCCGUUGAAUCUCCGUGAUCACCUUUUGACUUGCGUUCCGGAGGGAACCAUUCCCGUGCCGUUCACCAUGCGUGAUUGCUUCCGUCCGCGAUUCUAUGCCAAGAUGCCGCGUGAGCUCACUCUGGCCGAACUGGACGCUUACAAGGCCGCCAUGAUGACCGCUAUGGACGGAAUCGACGCCACCGUCGAUAUUACCGGUGACAUCCUCGCGAUCACGGUACUUCUGUUUGAUUCUAGAGCAGCAAUGAACAAGUACAUGAGCAAGUCUUCCGAUUUGAUGUCCAAGCCACAUGCAUUUCUAGUUCUGUGGUCGUAACUGCUCCGAGUACUUAAUAAGGAUCGAAUGACUUCGAUUUCCAUCAUGAUGAAGAUCAUACAGUUGAUUAUUUUUUUCGGUAGUUUCACCUGCAAACGUUCUCACUCUCAGGUGUACGAACCUCGUAACCCGGAUAUUAAGGAAGUGGCGAAGGCACUGCCUGCCGAUGCUAAGCCGACCACUGUGAGCUCCGGCCAUGCCGUUGAGCGAUAUUCCUGCACUGUUUCCGCUGCCCCGGCUCGUCACGCUCAGGAGUUGAUGUUGAUGCGCAACAAGGUUAAGCAAGAGAUGUCCUGCAAGGACUGCCGCGUCCUGCCGCGCGAGUCCCGCCUCCACGUCGAAAUUAUCGGCGCUUACUUGGCCACGCCGACUCUGGAUGAAAUCAAGAAGGUUAUGGAGACGAUUACACCGGUCGAAAAAGUCGUCCACUCGGAAUGUAUCCACGACUAUGAUUUUUACAACUUGAAGUUCUUCGUAUUUGAAGAUUCAAAAGAUCAAUUUCAAUUUGAAUUAUGAAGGUUAUUUAUGCAACAGCAAAGUAGACAUAAUUUUCAUGUUGAUGGCCUACUACACCGGCAGGAGUUCCUUAGUUGUAAGGACAAGAAUAAUUCCAGUAUUUUGAUGAUAUCUAAUCAUCUCGGAUCUCAUCAAAAAACUAGAAUGAAUACAAAUCUUCAAUCAGAAUCAAAUCAAAAUGCUCGUCAGGUGUGCUGUUCCAGCAGGGCGUUGCGGGUGACGAGGCCGCACAGCCUCUGACUUCCGCUGAGAUUGCGUCUGUCCAGAAGUACUGCACGGAGAACCAGGGUCCACAGCGCGUGAUGUCUGUGAAGGAUUCUGAGGGCUGGACCCAGGUGGACAUUAUGUACCCGGACUUCGACCCGCAGUCUAUGACCAUGAUCAAGGACAAGGCCACCAACGGCAUCAUCGCAGGCGCCAUGAAGGCGUUGGGCAAGACUAUGGGAGACAGCUACUCCACCUUCUCGCUGUUGGAGGAUGCUCCGCGUCGUCAGACGCGCGUGAGCCGAGCCACGCAGUUGAAGUUUCAGCCGAACAGCCGUGUGUCCGGCGAUGACAAUCCUCCGCUGCCGCGCCAAACAGCCGGCGACGGCGUGCAGAACUUCGACAAGCUGAUCGAGGAUGAGCACAACCUGCAGGGCCGUAUCUCCAUCGCUUUGCCGGUCUACGGCUACGACGUCGAGAAGCUCGGUUACAACGCGAAGGUGGAUGGCCAGAAUCUCUUCGUUAAGGACGUGGACAGGAUGGACGGUUGCACCGCCAUCGGCUCUCGCUACGCCAUGGACAACGGCGGCUACUACGCUGAGAUCAAGGUCUGUAAGACUGGCCCUCCGCUGGACGCCAGCGGUUCGCCAGCUACCGGAUUCGUGGGACUCGGCUUCACCACCCAGCCGGCGGAAGCGUUCAACGAGCAGCUCCCGGGAAAGCUCUGCGAGAUGCCAAACACCUGGUUGGUCAGUGGACCUUACGAAAAGGAGGACCACAUGAGUCUCUUCUGCAACGGCAAGCUGAAUCUCCGCUUCGUGUACGCACACGCUCGUGACCGCUCCGAACAGACCAUGAACUACCAGGUCGGAGACUCCAUCGGUCUCUGGAUCCGUCGCCGUGAUGGAAAGGUGCUACAAGACUCUGGUAGUCGUAGAUGAGUUUCUAAGAUGAAGUACAGCUGAGAUAUCAAAUUUCGGUCAAAGACCUCGCAGUGUUGAUAAUGAUAUUCUCCAAACGAGCAAAUUUGAUAACUGUAAAUCCAUACUUCCCGCCAUCCCCUUCCCAUAUCACAGGCAAAGCAGUGGUUGCUGUCUGUUUUCAUCAACAAGAACAGAAUCUUCACUUGCAACUGCAACAUUCCGGACGGCAUCGAGCACUUCCGUAUCAUCUCCGAAUGCGGUGGCCGUGUUGAAGGCGUCAAGCUGCUCACCAACGCACACCCACCGGCACGUCUGGCGCUCAACUACUGGUAAUAUAUAAUCCUAUGUAUUUUGUUAUUGUUGUAAUGCUCCUUCUGGCUCUGUCCCUCACUAACAUUUGUUGAUGUAAAUGUAAUGCGUGUUCUCUACCUGUCCAUCAUCAUGAUAAAGUAGAGAUGAAAUGUUUUUUCGGGAAUUGAGUUGUUGUUGACGUCAAGGUCAACAUCCAAAUUCAAGACGAAAAAGUUGUUGAAAAAGCCGUGAUAGAUGCGAAUUCAAAACGUCAGGUACAACCCUCUGAAGCAGGGUGCGCAGCGCAUUAUCGAGAACAUCCUGUUCGUAGACGAGAGCUGCGCCAAGAAGCAUCCGCUGAAGGUCGACUGGACCAUGUCCAUGUCUCCUUGUAACAUUUCGCAUACAGAAACUAAGAAGUGCAAGAUUCUCACCUGGGGUAACGAAACGAUUGCCACCCCGCUUACUCGCUUGCCGGAUCUCGACAAGUCUCUCGCUUUGAAGUGCAGCAAGAUGAUCUUGGUCUUGAUGGCUAACCGCGUCUUGGAAGCGAACAAGGAGCCCAACAGCGACGAACGCGCUAAGAUUGCCUACACCUUGUUCUGGUACUUCAAGCACCGGCAGUGCCUCCGCGAUGAGAUCCUCCUCUUCGUUAUCAAGCAGCUCACGGAGAACCCGGCGCGCAAGUCCACGCUUUUCGGCUACGUCCUGCUGCAAAUCUUGAUGGAGGGCGCCAUCGAGGCAAACUACCACUUGCCGAUCCUGCUGGACGACUUCUUGCAGAACCAGAAGAGCAGCGACGCCAAGAUCAACAAAGAGAUCCAGAAAACACGCGAACUCUUCGCCGAUGUGCACGACAAGUUCACUCAGCAAUACGUCUCGGAAGAUGUCGAUGACGAGUAAGAGGAUAAUUAAGAUUAUGAUUAAGUUGUAGGAGUAAGAGUAUGAGUAAGUACUUUUAUUUAGAUCAUGGACGAGAUGGACAUAAACAUUCCGGAAGUUGUCAUAUGCAUGUUACUGGAUUUUCUAGAAUGUAGAUGACUAAAGACUGCCGUGGAGACAAUGAAUGUUCAAAUUCAAGAGGCGAAAGAAAGUGCUUAAUCACAGAGACAGCGUGAAAAAUUUUAUUCGACCUACGUAGCAGAAGCAGAACUAUGAAACAGAGGGAGUACCUACGACAAAUAUAGAGAUAAAUGGCUGCAGUUAAGAAUAUAGAAAGUAAAAUGAACGAUUGGGACAAGUAUGUAUGGGUUACGUAAGUACUUGAUAAAAAAUACCGACAAAAAAGGCAAAAAAUAAGGGAAGCAUUUUUCCGAGAAUUGAAAAAUUCGAAGCUCCUCGUGAAAUCAAAGAAAAAUGUAGAAUCAUCAAAACAUCGCAUAUCGUCAUCUUUCUUAAUGACUAAACGCACAUGGACUUACCGCACCUACUGAUUCUCUUGUACCAGCACUCCUGUUGGGUAAGUACGUAUUCUGAAGCAAGUUUUCAUACUGGUACUGCAUCUUUGUACUCUUACUUCACCUAGUUCAAGAUUGAUAUCUUUGUGUGUGUAUCCAAAUCCAUGAAAAUUGUAUUUGCGACAAAAACCUUCAAAACAAUUGAUUAGCAAACAUCAGAGUAUAAUUCCGUAAAGACAACGCAAAACAAAAACAAUACUAAUUUCGGAUUUAAAGGCAUUAAGCAUGAAGUACCAGUAAGAUUAGCACAGUAGGUAAGAAGCAGUACCUAUGUCCAUGAUAGCAGAAGGGGUGU